AUGGACGAGGAAGAUCCUGGUCUUCAAUUCUUUCCCGACGGCAAUGUCGACCUGUACGGCACCCUCGGCGUAGCGAAGGAGGCGACACAGGACGAGAUAAAAAAGGCGUACAAAAAACUCGCACUCAAGUUUCAUCCGGACAAGGUGCUCUCUAACGCAGCGUCGGCUGGCGGCCAAGAUGCGAUUCAGCAGUUUCAAAAGAUUGGCUUUGCGUACGCGAUCCUCUCGGACGAUGUGCGACGUCGCAAGUUCGACAACACCGGCUCGACCAAGGAGCUCAUGGUAGGCGAAGGUGAUGCCGAUUUCGACUGGAACGAAUAUUUCAAAGAGCUUUGGACUGGCGAAGUUUCGCGACAGACACUCGACGAUUUCAAGAAGAAGUAUCAAAACUCAGCCGAAGAAAAGGAAGACAUCCUCGAUGCCUACAACGAGACCGAAGGCGACCUUGCUGGCAUCUUCGAACGUGUCCCCUGCGGCGAGUUCCUUGCCGAUGAGGAUCGCUUCAUCCGUAUCAUCGAUGACGCCAUCAAGCAAGGCGAUAUCAAGGCGACAUCCACUUGGAAGCGCACCAAGAAGGACGAGGCCGGUCGCAAGGCGUUGCGUGCAAAGGCGCAGGGAGAGGCGGCCGAAGCGGAGAAGCUCGCAAAAGAGUUGGGUGUCUGGGAUGAUCUUUUCGGCGCCGGCUCCGGCUCCGGCAAAGGUAAACCCACUCGUGGCUCUUCAUCCAAGUCCGGCGCCAAGGGCGGCAAAGGCUCCAAAUCCAAGGCUAAGGCAGAUGGCGGUGACGAUGAUGACCUCGCGGGUUUGGCCGCCUUGAUCCAGCGCAAAAACCAAAACCGCGUCUCACAGUUCGACGACAUGAUCGCCAAACUCGAGGCAAAGGCGGGCGUUAAGGAGAAACGACCGUCGGACGAGGAGUUUGAUCGUAUUCAGGCCGAGAUGAUGGCACGCAAGAAUGGAGGCAAGGAGAAUCGAGGUACGGACAAGAAGCGUGCAUCUUCUUCGUCGGCCGCAGCGGCUUCGUCAAAGAAGAAAAGCAAGAAGUAG